AUGGCAGGCAGCGGCUCUGGAAUGAACUCGCCUCAGUUCAUGGGACAGCAGCCGUUCCCGGAGGGGGCCGCCGGCAAGGGGUACGUGCAGCAGGGGAUGUAUGGCCGCAGCACGUACCCCGGCGGGCCGGGCUUCACCGCCAGUUCAAGUGCUACCACCACGAGGACCGGCAGAUACGCCACGCCCCUGACCAUCGAGCGGGGCGACAACAAGACUUCCCACAAGCCCCUCUACCUGAAGCAGGUGUGCCAGCCCGGGAGGAACACCAUCCAGAUAACCGUCACCGCCUGCUGCUGCUCUCACCUCUUCGUGCUGCAGCUGGUGCACCGGCCCUCCGUGCGCUCCGUGCUGCAGGGGUUAAUAAAGAAGCGCCUGCUGCCGGCCGAGCACUGCAUCACCAAAAUCAAGCGAAACUUCAGCAGCGGGACGAUCCCGGGGACCCCGGGCCCCAACGGGGAGGACGGCGUGGAGCAGACGGCCAUCAAGGUGUCGCUCAAAUGUCCCAUCACCUUCCGGAGAAUCCAGCUCCCGGCCCGGGGGCACGACUGCCGGCACAUACAGUGCUUCGACUUGGAGUCCUACCUGCAGCUGAACUGUGAGAGGGGGACGUGGCGGUGUCCUGUCUGCAAUAAAACGGCCCUGCUGGAGGGACUGGAGGUGGACCAGUACAUGCUGGGGAUCCUGGUCUACAUUCAGAAGUGAGUGCCCUGCGCCCUG